AUGCUUGAUUUGAUUGGUUUAUCUGCUGUAGUUGUUGUAACUUGGCUUGAACAUUUGUUGAGCCAUUAUGUAAAAAGUAUUCCUCAAGAAAAUAUACCAGCUGCAAAAGCAAUUGUUAAAGCAAUAGAAAAACAAAUCCAUAGUUGUCCACCUGAACAUAAACUUCCCGUUUUAUAUUUACUUGAUUCUAUUAGUAAAAAUGUUGGUGGACCUUUUGUUCAUCUAUUCUCAAGAAAUCUUAAUAAUAUUUUUAUGGAAACCUAUAAUUCUGUUGACCAAGCCACAAAAUUAAAACUUGAAAAAGUGUUGGUUACUUGGAAAGCUGGUUUAAAUGGUUGUGGACCUAUAUUCUCUAAUGAUGUAAUUGCUUUAAUUGAAGGAACGCUAAUGAAACAUAAUCAAAGGUAUAAUAAUAACCGUCAAUUAAGGAGUCCAAUUGAUAACACUACUCCAAUUACUAUUAAUGCUGCUACUAAUAACCUUAUUAAUGGCAAUAAUGUUGGUGGUGCUAAUGGUAGAAAUUAUAUUCAUAUCAAUCCAAGUUUCUUGAAUGGAAUUAACCAAAAUUCUUUGACGUCUAUAAAACAAUCACCAUCGCCGUCACCACCUCCACCUCAAAUCCAACAACAACCAUCUCAAGCUUUACCUCAACCAACAACUUCUAAUCAAUGGGCAGUAGAUGAUAAUAAAUAUGCAAAUGGAAUUCCUGCACUUCCAACAAAUCCAAUUAUAGGAUAUUAUAACACUCAACAACAACAGUCACCAAUUCCUUUACAUAACCAAGUGUUUAUUCCUCCACCUGAACAACAACAAUUAUUACAAGAGUGUCAAGCAUUGAUUUUGUUACAUCAACAAACUGCUUUAACAAAUCCAUCAGAUACAAAUAAUCAAAAUCAAACUAUAUUCUUACAAAAGCUUUGUGAAUUGAUUCAACAAAAACCUAUUCCAAGUGAAGAGAUUCAAAAAAUCAGACAGUUGCUUGCUACAACUUUACCCACUACUGCAGUUACAACCAAUAAUUUACCAGCUCUUUUAAAUAAUGUUGCUCCUCAACAUUUAUCAACUCCUUCGCCACCACAUAAUGUUGUUAUGUCAAUGCCACAACUUCAUCAAAUCCUUCAACAACCUAAUACAUUAUUAACUAACCCUGUCACUUCUGCUUCUAUACCAGUAACUACAUCUGCUGGAGUAAUUUCAAUUCUUUAUGAUGCAUUCCCAUCUCAAUGUAAACAAUGCGGGAUUAGAUUUGCUAAAGAUUCAAAAGAUGGAGGAGGAAAGAUUGGUAAGCAUUUGGAUUGGCAUUUUAGACAAAAUCGUAAGAUAAAGGAAAAAGCCAGGAAGGCACAAAGUAGAAAUUGGUUUGUCACUGAGGAGGAUUUUAUUAAUUCAAGAGAUUCAGAUUCUCAAAAUGGAAAUACACCAACAUUCUUUGAAUGUGAUACUAGCAAUUUUAAAUUAAACAAAAGAACAAGUGGAAUUGGUGAUGGUAGUGGAACUUCUAGAUCAAAAAAGGCAAAAAUAGAUCAUAAUAAUAAAAAUGAUAUUAACAAUCUUAUCAGUGAAUCAACUGUUAUUGUUCCACUUGAUAUUCAAAAAACUAAUAAACCUUGUCCCAUUUGUAAAGAAAAAUUUCAAAUGUUUUGGAAUGAUAAUGAAGAAGAAUGGAUGUAUAGAAAUGCUGUGGAAAUAAAUGGUGUUAUUUGUCAUGCAACUUGUCAUUCUGAUGCAAUAAAGCUUAAUGUUGUUAGUUAG